GCGGUUUGCGUUUGCUGAUUUGUUUGCAGUCGGCAGUGUUUGUCAUCUGCGAAAUUCACUUGUGAUGGAUUUAAAAUAUUGUUAAUUCUAUAGAUUCUCUUCAGAUAUUUUUAUUUUGGAUGAAUAAGAUUUAGAUUUUCUGGAAUUCUAAUUGUAUUGCCCUGCAUAAGAAAGAUGAGCUCUCGUAGGCACAACUCUCAUAGAGUUACAAACAGUUACGAAGCCAACAGCAGUUUCAGGAAUUCACAUACUAACAACAAUUACAAGGAGUCGUCUUACAGUUCAUCAUCAGAUUAUUCUGGUAGUGACCUGGAAGAAACGGAAAUGAACUAUUCUUUUAAAGCACCUUCUGCUUCAUUUCGAUCUACACCAUUUGAUAAAAGCAGAAAACGGAAGAUAGCAAAAAAAAGAUCCAAGAACAACAUGAAUAAUGAUUAUGGAACCCCAUCCUUUUUAAAAAGGAUCCAUGUUUCUUCAGAUGAAAGUGAUUUUAGUGAAAAGCAAGCAAGAAAGAAAACUAAAAGAAACUCUGAAGUUGAAGACCUUCCAUCGUAUUUGAGGGGUUUAGAUAUUUCGCUAAAAAGUGACGUGGAAGAAUGGAAAGAAGCUUUAAAAAGGAAAAGACAAAGAUUUUUGGAGAAGAAACGUUUAAAGAAGAGAAAGAGAGAAAAUAAUCAGUUGAUUACGAAUGGUGAUCAGGAAUCACAGUCCUGUGUUUCAAUAUCUCAGCCCUCACUUGCUCAAAAUAAACCUAGUUAUAGUGUUACAAGUGUUCCAUCAUUAAGUGCUGAAAUUGUUGUUCUUCAGCAUCCGACUUCAGUAACUCUUCAUAAGUUCAUUGAUGUUAAAGUUAUUAGUGGUGGCAUUUCAAUUUUGGGGUGGAACAUGACUUCCCUGAGUGAAAAAGUUACCAUAUUUUCUUAUGAAAGAACUGGACUCAUCGAGCUUACCACUUUGCAUGCAGACCCAAUGUGGAAAACGAAAGAAACCUGUAAAAGUAUAAAAACAGCUCUUAAAGAAAUUAUAGGGAAGGAGGAUACAAUUAAAAUUCUUGAAAAGUGUGGCAACUCAUCUGUCAUUGUGAUGCUACAAAGAGCAGCAUUUACAUCACCGUUAAAGAUUCUUAGUAUUUACUAUCCAAGAGAAUCAUGGCUUCCGACAGAUUGGAAAAAUAAUCGCCAUUUUAUAAAAAAGAAGUCUAGUCAUCAGGUCAUCAAGUUCACAGUCGAUCAUGUAACAGUAGCUGAAGCAAUUGCUCAUGCAAUGCGUAAAGCAACUGUGAACGCCAAAAAUCCUGCUCCACGUGUCGUUAUUUGUGGGAACUCGCAUACUGGAAAAUCUACUGUUGCACGUUUUAUUAUCAAUAGGCUGUUGGAAAUGUUUUCACAUGUGUUUUAUCUGGAUGCUGAUCCUGGACAGCCAGAAUUUACUCCACCUGGUGUAGUCAGUUUGAGCAAAGUUGACAAGUGCAUGAUAGGACCACCUUUCAGUCAUCUGCGGAAACCAAUGAAAAUGGUUUUUACUGGAGCAAUUUCUGCUGAAGCCUCUCCGCCUAUGUAUUUCAAAAGCAUUAAGCAAUUAACUCAGCAAUACUUCAAGGAACAUUCUUCAGAAACAUUAAUAGUCAACACAAUGGGAUGGAUGCAAGGUUUAGGAAUCUUAUGUUUAAAAGAUGUUAUAGCAAUGGUUGAACCAACGAUCAUAGUUGAACUUCUUGAAGAAGGAAAGGAUACGUGUUUUGAAGCUUUUUCGAAUCCUGAUACUAAUGUGGAUCAUUACAUCAUUCCAGCAGUAAAAAAGGAAGCUACUGCUUCUUCAUAUAGAGGGAAAGAAAGGCGUGACUUCUCUACAUUAGCUUAUUUUGGGCAAUGUGCAAAGAGUUUGCAUCUAAGACCUAUGAAUUUGAAUGAAAUGAAAACUGUCUGCAUAUGCUGGGACCAAAUUGCUAUAUAUGUGUUUGGGAGCAAAGUAAUGCCCUAUAGACUAGUAGAAGCUGUGAAUGCAAGCUUUGUUGCAUUAUGUACUGUAGAUGAAUCUGUCAUUUUGAAAAGUGGUGUACCACUAUUUCAAACAACAUUGAAAACGGAGCCUGCAAAUAUAUGUCACGGAUUUGGUAUUGUUCGUGCAAUUGAUGAGACACAGCAUCUGCUGCAUAUCAUUACUCCAUUAAAAAUGGAAGAACUGCAAAAGGUCAAUGCCAUAAUGAAAGGAAACAUCACAGUUCCUGAUGCCGUGUUUCUUCAACAGAACUUGAUGCAGAUGCCUUUGCCAUUUUUGGACCAAUCAAAAGCUGCCCCUACACCUUCCAGAGAGAAAGUGCGAAAAAGAUCAUUUCGAGGACAAAUUAAAGCAAAUUAAUUUCAUACCAUAUGAAAUGUUAAUUUUCCGGCAUUUAUUAGAAACUGUUAAAUGUGUUUCUUUUUUAUACAGAACAUGAUAAAAGUGGCUUUGCCAUUUUUUGACCAAUCAAGAGUCGCCCCUACAUCUUCAAGAAUGCAAGUACAAAAAAGAUUGUUUCAAUGACAAAUUAAAGCUUAUAAAGUUCAUUGCAUACAACAGUUUCAUUUUCCCCAACAUUUAUUGUGGGGAAAAACUUACUUCUCUUUCUCAUUAAUUGUAAACAUAAAAUAAAAGCAUUAAAAUUUCUUG